AAACUGUUUGUUCGAUUUUUUCUUAUUUUAUUAUAUUGACAUGCAUCUGCCUAUGCAUAGCCAAGACCGCUUACUCAACGCAAAACCUCAUCUUCCAGAAUUUAGUAGUCAUUUUAUUGCUUCGAAAUUCGAAUACACAAUGGGGCAUAGCAUCAUAAUGUUGUGUACUUGGUUCUUCUUAUUCUCAAUUAUUUCAGGAGCUUCAACAUCACCGGAUAGUUUAGCAGUGAGUCAAUCUAUCCACGAUGGAGAGACUUUGGUUUCAGCAGGUGGAAUUACUGAAGUGGGUUUCUUUAGUCCAGGAAAUUCAACAAGACGAUACUUGGGUAUAUGGUUCACAAAUAUAUCCCCUUUAACAGUGGUGUGGGUGGCUAACCGAAAUAAACCUCUUGAGAAUAACUCAGGAGUUCUCAAACUCAAUGAAAAAGGGAUUCUUGUGCUUCUCAAUAGCACAAACAGCACCAUUUGGUCAUCCAACAUAUCAAGCAAAGCAGUGAAUAAUCCAAUUGCUCAUCUCUUGGAUUCAGGAAAUUUUAUAGUGAAAAAUGGACAGCAAACUAACGAGGAUGGUGUCUUGUGGCAGAGUUUUGAUUAUCCGGGUGAUACACAUUUGCCAGAAAUGAAAAUUGGAUGGAACUUAGAGACUGGUUUAGAAAGAUAUGUAUCAUCUUGGAAAAGGGUUGACGAUCCUGCUGAGGGAGAGUAUGCCGUAAAACUUGAUCUAAGAGGAUACCCUCAAAUAAUGAUAUUCAAGGGACCUGAUAUAAAAUCGAGAGCUGGAUCAUGGAAUGGCUUGUCUAUAGUUGGAAAUCCGGGUCCAAUUCAUGAAACGGAACCAAAAUUUGUGAUGAAUGAAAAAGAAGUGUUUUAUGAGUACCAUGUUCUUGAUAGAUCGGUCUUCUUUGUGUAUAAACUGACUCCUUCAGGCACGGGGCAGACUUUAUUUUGGACACCUCAAACAAGCACUCCACAAGUCGCCUCAACUGGGGAACAAGAUCAAUGCGAGAAUUACGCUUUUUGUGGUGCAAAUUCUAUAUGCAUUUAUGAUGGUAACCAUCCAACUUGUGAAUGUCUGAGAAGUUAUAUUCCAAAGUCUCCUGAUCAGUGGAAUAUAUCAAUUUGGCGCAAUGGUUGUGUUCCAAGGAAUAAAUCUAAUUGCAAUAACAGUUAUACGGAUGGCUUCUUCAAGUACUCACACAUGAAAUUGCCUGACACGUCUUCAUCAUGGUUUAAUACAACCAUGAACCUCGAUGAAUGUCAGAUGUCCUGUCUUAAAAACUGUUCUUGUACAGCAUAUGCCAAUUUAGAUAUCCGUGAUGGAGGAAGUGGCUGUCUACUUUGGUUUAAUACUCUAGCAGACUUGAGGAAAUUCUCUCAAUGGGGACAAGACUUGUAUAUCAGGAUCCCUGAUUCAGAAUUAGAUCAUGGUGGCCAUGGAAAUAUCAAGAAAAAGAUUGUAGGAAUCACUAUUGGUGCGACUGUUUUUGGAUUAUUCAUCACAUGUGUCUGCAUACUGGUAAUUAAAAAUCCAGUGUGGACAAGAGUAUAUUGUCAUAAUGCACAAAUCCAAUGCCGGAAAGAAUAUUUUAGAUUGAGGAAGGAAGACAUGGAUUUGCCAACAUAUGAGUUGUCAACGAUUGCUAAAGCCACUAGUAAUUUUUCUAACAGAAAUAAACUAGGGGAAGGUGGAUUUGGACCAGUGUAUAAGGGUACACUGAUAGAUGGGCAAGAAGUAGCUGUAAAACGAAACUCAAAGAUGUCUGAUCAAGGACUGGAGGAAUUUAAAAAUGAAGUUGCUUUGAUUGCAAAUCUUCAGCACCGUAAUCUUGUGAAACUUUUGGGUUGCUGCAUUCAAGGAGAGGAAAAAUUGUUGAUCUAUGAAUACCUGCCCAACAAGAGCUUAGAUUGCUUCAUCUUUGAUGAAGCAAGAAGCAAGCUCUUAGCCUGGCAUCAACGUUUUCACAUUAUUGUUGGUAUCGCUCGAGGGCUUCUCUAUCUUCACCAAGAUUCUAGAUUGAGAAUUAUUCACAGAGAUUUAAAAACCAGUAAUAUCCUACUAGAUGCGCAAAUGAAUCCUAAAAUUUCAGACUUUGGCAAUGCUCGAACUUUUGGUGAUCAAAUUGAAGCCAAAACCAAAAAAGUAGUUGGAACAUAUGGUUACAUGCCCCCAGAGUAUGCUGUGCAUGGUCAUUACUCUGUGAAAUCAGAUGUCUUUGGCUUUGGGGUGAUUAUAUUAGAGAUAGUCAGUGGAAACAAGAACAGGGGAUUUUCUGACCCAGAGCACUCUCUUAAUCUUCUUGGACAUGCAUGGAGACUUUGGACUGAAGAAAGACCUUUGGAACUGAUAGAUACACACUUACGUGAAAGAUGCGUUCCUUUUGAAGUCUUAAGAUGCAUACAUGUGGGUUUGUUGUGUGUACAACAAAAACCAGGAGACAGGCCGGACAUGUCUUCUGUCAUUCCUAUGCUGAAUGGUGAGAAAUUAUUGCAUCAGCCGAAGGCUCCUGGAUUUUAUACAGGAUCUUCAACUAGAACAUGCAAUCUUUUAUCAACAAAUGAGAUGUCCCUCACAAUUUUAGAGGCAAGAUAGAAUAUGAAGACUCAAGUAAAUGAUGUGUUUAAUUGACGAGUAAAAGAAAUGGUAUAUCUUCCAAAUCGUAACACUGAUGAAAUUUGAGUACAAAGACUAACAAAGUCUACACAGUUCAUAAAUAGUUGACUCCUUAAGCAUAUUGUCAUGAAUUCGAGUCUUGGUGAAGUGUAUGUAAAAGAUUUUGUUGGGAAAAGAAAUACUCACUUGGGUCAUCUGUAUGCAGGAGCUAUGAUAAGGUAAAAUAUUGAACCUGUACCUAUUUUGUAAGGGUAUUCGAAGUGCUUCCAGUAAGACGUGAUGCAGCUAGCGUUAAUUGACAUUUCUGAACAAGUUAGAUUGCAUUUAGAGCACAGAAAAGUGACCUUUUCCGGAAUGAAGAACCUUUAAAGGAACACUUAAUUAUGCAAUUGCUAUUGCAUCAGAGCACAGGAAAAUGACCAAUUCAGAAAAAAAGAAAUUUGUAGAGUAACACUUAUUACUCUAUUGCUAUUUUCAAGGCUUGAACUUAUGUCCUUCCAGCAAUAACACAACUAACUUGUCACAAAAUAUAACCCAACCCUUAUUAGCACCUUCUAUGCAACUCUGGUAUAAAGACAUUUGUUUUCAUUGUGGAAUCACAAUAUCAGCGUCUAAAGAUUCUUGACCAUGUUCUUUACAAGAUAUCACUUUUGAGAUUGCACCUUCGGCCCUUACUAGGUUCAUGUCAUCACAGUUGAAUUCUUUACAAUAUUUGAAGGUUUUAUUGUGAGAAUUGUAAAACUGAGAGAAGAAGAGAAA